AAACGAAACUGAAUCCUGUCAGUGUUUGUGGUAAAAUGGCAGAAGCCAGUGCUGCAAUGGAUGAGAACCAGUUCAGCUGUCCAAUCUGUCUCGACCUACUGAAGGAUCCAGUGGGUAUUAACUGUGGACACAGUUACUGUAUGAACUGCAUUAAGAGCUGCUGGGAUCGGGAGGAUCAUGCUGGAGUUUACAGCUGCCCCCAGUGCAGACAGACCUUCACACCCAGACCUGUUGUGGGCAGAAACACCAUACUGGCUGAAAUGGUGGAGAAACUAAAGGAGACUAGACUACAAGCAGCUCCUCCUGCUGACCAUUAUGCUGGACCUGGAGAUGUGGAGUGUGACGUCUGUACUAGGAGAAAACACAAAGCUGUCAAGUCCUGCCUGGUGUGUCUGGAUUCUUACUGUGAAACUGACCUGCAACUUCACAAUAAACUCCAUCACACAAAACAACACAAGCUCAUUGAUGCUACCAGCCAUCUGAAGGACAAGGUCUGUUCCCACCAUGACAAACCCCUGGAGGUCUACUGCCAUACCGACCAGCAGUAUAUCUGUCUGCUGUGUGUGAUGGAUGAACACAGAGGCCAUGAUACAGUCUCAGCUGCUGCAGGAAGGGCGGAGAAACAGAGCUCAGCACAGUCAGCAGUGGAGGACAACAAGAGGAUCUUCACUGAGAUGAUCCGCUCCAUUGAGAAGAGGUACUCUGAAGUGACAAAGCUGAUCAGAGAUCAGGAAAAGGAUACAAUGAGUGAGGCUGAAGGAGACAUGGAGAGACUGAAGCAGGAGAUUGAUGAACUAAGGAGGAGACACUCUGAGCUGGAGCAGCAUUCACACACAGAGGAUCACAUCCAUUUCCUCCAGAGGUACCACGGUCCUCCUGUCACCCCUGAAGCUGGAUUUGGACCCAGAAUCACCGUCAGUACACGCUGCUCUUUCGAGAAUAUGAGGAAGGUGGUUUCUGGACUGAAGGAUCAAAUGGAGAAUGUUUGCAGAAAUAUAAUGACAGAGAUCACUCAUGCAGUUAUCAAAGACGGCGUCUUACCAAUAUUAGUGCCCAGGACCAGAGCAGAAUUCUUACAAUAUUCCUGUCAGCUCACUCUGGACCCCAACACAGCAAACAAAUACCUCCAUCUGUCUGAGGAUAACAGAGUGGUGAGAUGGAAGAGAGAGACACAGUCAUAUCCUAAUCACCAGGAGAGGUUUGACCCACGCUGCUAUGUGCUGUGUACAGAGGGUCUGACUGGGCGCCGCUACUGGGAGGUUGAGUGGAGCGGGAAUGAGGUUGGUAUAGCCGUCACAUAUAAAGGAAUCAGCAGGAAAGGACUGGGAGUGCACAGUGGGUUUGGACACAAUGACAAGUCCUGGUGUUUGUCCUGCUACCCCUUCUGUUACUCAUUCCGGCAUAACAAUAAGAAGACUGCGAUAGCUGGCCCCCACUCCCCCAGGAUAGGAGUGUACCUGGAUCACAGGGCAGGAACUCUGUCCUUCUACAGAGUCUCUGACACAAUGACCCUCCUGCACAGGGUCCAGGCCACGUUCACUGAGCCCCUCUAUCCUGGGUUUCAGCUUUGGAGCAGUACAGCCAGACUGUGCUAAAUAACCUAACAUCUCUUUAAAUCUGGUGUAUUUAAUAUUUUGUGUGAAAUAUGUAAAUAAUGGAUAUUAAAAUAAAUGUAAUUAAAACCACAGUUUUACAGAUUUCUUGUAAAUUGUGCCUUUUGGCCAUUUAUACGUGGAAAUAAAAUAACCAAUACUUUUCUAAAUUUUUAUGCAAAAUUUUUGUGCAGUGACCUUGAAGCUUGAUCUGUAUAUGUGUCUGUGUGUAGUCCUUUUAAUAACAGUAACAGGUUUAGUUAGCAUAUCGUUCAAAAUGAUUCCUUCUGUCCAAUGAAAAUGAUUAUUUUUGUCAAAUAAUUUUUAUGCAGUCAUUUAUACUUUUUAUGGAUAUUAUAAUCUGUAUAAGUUCAUCAGUUGUCACGAUUUUGUCAUGUAAAAUAUCUGUAUGAAUAAUUAAA